GCGAGCGAGAGAGAAGGAGUGAGCGUGUGUACGCUCAGAGUCAAGCAGCGAAGACACAGAAAGUCUACAAGCUCACAUCAACAAGAGAGCGUGCGAGGCAGAGCUGACCACCAGCAACUCUGAAGAGUGACACUGAGAGGAAAGAGACACAAAGAAAAAGCAUCAGCAGAAGAAGAGAAGGACUGAAGACAGACUGCCAGCCUUCCACUGGUAAAAGGAAACACCACUAAGGGACUGUAGCAUCCGUCCCCCCCAGCAGCACAGAGGAGCACUGUCUCAUCUCGUGCAUGUGUUUGUGCCUGCCAACUUCAAUUUCACACUCGCCCACUGUUUUUCGUAGGUUUUGCCCUCUCCACUCCCCAGUCAUGAUCCCCUGGGUCCUUCUGCUUCUGUGGAUCUCCGGACAUGGGGCGGAGGCCAUGUUUUCCCAGCAGCCACAGGACCUGGUGGUGGUGGCAGGCCAGCCUGUGACGUUACCAUGCACUAUCCCCGGUUACCAUGGUGUUGUCCUGUGGAUCAAAGAUGGCCUGGCGCUGGGAGUUGGCAGAGACCUCUCUGGCUAUCCUCGUUACACAGUGAUUGGCGACCACGGUUCAGGAGAGCAUCAUUUGCGAAUCCAGCGUGUCGAGCUGAUGGAUGACGCUGUGUUUGAGUGCCAGGCUGUCCAGGCUGCCAUGAGGUCCCGUCCUGCCCGUCUCACUGUGCUGGUUCCCCCGGAGGACCCUGUCAUAAGUGGAGGGCCAGUGGUGAGCCUAAGGGCUGGCGACCCACUCAAUCUGACUUGCCAUGCUGACAACGCCAAGCCAGCAGCCUCAAUAAUCUGGAUCCGCAAUGGGGAGGUCCUUAACGGGGCCAUGUACUCCAAGACCCUGCUCCGGGAUGGCAGGAGAGAAAGCACUGUAAGCACACUUUACCUAUCGCCUUCUAACAUCGAGACAGGUCAGCAGAUCAUCUGUAAGGCCUCCAACAAGGCAGUCCCCAACGGCAAGGAGACCAGUGUCACCAUUGACAUCCAGCAUCUCCCCCAUGUCAAUCUCUCAGUGGAGCCUCAGCCUGUUCUGGAAGGAAACCUUGUGAAAUUCCACUGCUCUGCAAAGGCCAAUCCUCCUGUCACACUCUACAGGUGGGCCAAAGGAGGAAGUAUAAUCAAGGAGGUCUCUGGAGACACAUAUGAGGUUAUUGUGGACCACUCCUUCUUUACAGAACCUGUUUCCUGCGAGGUUACUAACCCUCUUGGCAGCACCAACAUUAGCCGUAAUGUUGAUGUCUACUUUGGUCCUCGCAUGGCAGCGGAGCCUCAGUCCUUGCAGGUGGACCUUGGAUCUGACGCUGUGUUCAAUUGUGCCUGGACAGGAAAUCCCUCUCUUACCAUAGUGUGGAUGAAGAGGGGAUCUGGAGUGGUUCUAAGCAACGAGAACCUCCUGACACUGAAAUCCGUGAGACAGGAGGAUGCUGGGAAAUAUGUUUGCCGUGCUGUGGUCCCGCGUGUAGGAGCAGGGGAGAAGGAGGUUUCUCUCACUGUCAAUGGGCCACCUACUAUCUCCAGUACACAGACACAGCAGGCUUUACAUGGAGAAAAAGGACAAAUCAAAUGUUUCAUUCGAAGUACACCUCCUCCAGACCGCAUUGCCUGGUCAUGGAAGGAAACUGUGUUGGAGUCUGGAACAUCCGGCCGCUAUACCGUGGAGACCGUCACCACAGAAGAAGGAGUCAUCUCCACACUGACCAUGAGUAACAUUGUCCCGGCUGACUUCCAGACCAUCUACAACUGCACUGCUUGGAACAGCUUUGGAUCUGACACUGAGAUCAUACGCCUUAAGGAACAAGGUGGGAGCCAAGAAUCUCUCCCAGUGGCAGUGAUCAUCGGCAUUGCUGUUGGAGCUUUUGUGGCCCUCAUUGUCCUCAUGGGCACCAUCGGAGCAUUCUGUUGCACCCGCUCCCAGAGAAAGGAAGCGCACCUGGUUAUGCCCUCACUGCCCGUCUCCAUCUGUGCUCACCAGAGAGAACUUGCAAGCAAAAUUAAGACAGAAAAUCUGAAAGGUGUCGUGUCGGCGAAAAAUGACAUCCGAGUGGAGAUUGUACACAAAGACCACAAUGCAGCACGAGAAAACGAAGAACACACCUCCAUGAAACAACUGAUGGUGAGUGUUGAACGAGGAGAGUUCCAGCAGGAAUCUGUCCUGAAGCAGCUGGAGGUAUUACAAGAGGAAGAGAAGGAGUAUCAGCACAUUAAGGACCCUACAAAUGGCUACUAUAGUGUCAAUACCUUUAAGGAGCACCACACCCCUACCAUGGCUGGGAAUCAGUCCACUGAGGUGAGGAACCCCACCAACACAGGUACCCUGGGCAAGCAGCGGGUACCAACGGGAAUGUCCUUCACCAACAUCUACUCCACUCUGGGAGCAGGUCCCAACCGUCUGUACGACUACAGCCAACGCUUCGUGCUGGGCAUGGGCAGCAGCUCCAUCGAGCUGUGCGAGCGGGAGUUCCAGCGUGGCUCACUCAGCGACUCCAGCUCUUUCAUCGACACGCAGUGUGACAGCAGCGUCAGCAGCUACAGUAAGCCGGACGGCUACGUGCAGUUCGACAAAGACAGCAAGGCAUCAGCCUCCUCCUCCUCCCACUAUUCCCAGUCCUCCUCGCAGAACUCAGACCUCACCAGGCCGCUCCAGAAGCGCAUGCAGACCCACGUCUGACCAUCAGGGAGGGAGGGUGUUUUAACAGGGUUGAACAAGCAGCCAGGAUUGUAAAACUGUCACAGGAUGAGCACCCUGGAGCCACUAAUGUAACAAAGUUACUGUUUCCACUGGACGCCUGGAGAUGCAGGGGAUGGUUGGCUUUAACACACUGUGUGACUUGUUCAGACCUCUCAAUGUCCCAAAAAGUGGAUCAAGAAUGCUUAUAUUUCCCUCAUGCUUAACCCAUCAACCACCUGCUUUUUAACCCAUAAUCAGAAUUAUGCCACAGAGAGGUUACCAACACAGAGACAACACAAGUUGGUUACUGCUGUGCAAUGGCUAACAGAGGGCAGGAAUACCACCUUUGUGUGACAAUUUUUCCUUUUGAAGAUUGUCAUUCAUAAAAACUCAACACGAACGGCACGAUAAUGAGUGUGAGCCAGUGUCCUUCUGCUCUCUUGUAGUUUGAAGCACAAAAAUGAAUGUGCAUGUGGUUUUUAGUUGUUAAAGAGAUAACUA